AUGGUCCUUUUCGCCUUGGUUUUCUUCUGCGUCGGCGCCAUCAUCUGCGCAGUCGCAAAGAACUUCACGCACAUGCUAGUUGGUCGGUCCAUCCAAGGUAUUGGCGGCGGUGGAAUCAUCGCUUUGAGUGAAGUCAUCAUCACCGACCUCAUUCCGCUUCGCUGGCGCGGUCAAUAUUUCGGUAUUCUGAGCGCAAUGUGGAGUGUUGGGUCCGUAACCGGUCCUAUUCUUGGUGGUGGCUUUGCGGAGAGCGUGGAUUGGCGCUGGAUUUUCUAUAUCAACUUCCCAUUCAUUGGACUCGGCGCUCUAUUCGUGAUCAUCUUUUUGAACCUGAACACUAUUCCUAGUUCAUUGGCUGAGAAACUUCGGAAAAUCGACUACAUCGGCACAUUUAUCUUUGUCGGUAGCCUUUCAUCCUUCUUGAUCCCUUUGACGUGGGGUGGGGUUUCUUACCCAUGGAGCUCCUGGCAUACACUUGUCCCUUUGAUCGUGGGUGCGGUGGGACUCAUGGUUUUCGCAUACUACGAGUACCGUUUUGCAGCCGAUCCGAUUAUCCCAUCCGUCAUUUUCCAGAAUCGCACCGCCAUAGCCUCAUUUGUCGGCAGUGUGUUACAGGGUCUGGUUCUCUGGUGCGCACUUUAUUACCUUCCACUAUACUAUGAAGCUGUGAAAGAGUAUAGUCCCAUUCUGUCGGGAGUCGCCCUCUUCCCGGAGACCUUUACAGUUGCUCCUAGUGGAAUGGUCGCAGGCAUCCUGAUUUCACUCACUGGUCACUAUCGUUGGGCUAUUUGGCUCGGUUGGACUCUUUCCACCAUCGGUCUUGGCUUGAUGUGUCUCAUCAAGCCGGAUACGAGCGUGGCAGGUUGGAUUUUCCUCAACCUGGUCAGUGGCCUGGGACUGGGUCUUCUCUUCCCUUCUCUGGGUUAUGCUGUGCAAGCAUCAGCUAAGCCGAAGAACCUUGCUAUUGCCGUUGCUAUGUUCAGUUUCUUCCGGGCUUUGGGACAGGCGAUCGGAGUUGCGGUAGGUGGUGUGGUCUUCCAGAACCAGAUGUACAAGAAUCUGCUGAAGUACCCGGCGCUCGCUCCGAUGGCCAGCGCUUACAGUCAAGACGCUGCUGGCCUCGUCCAGGUCAUCAAGGCAAUGGCCGAUGGUGCAGACAAAGUACACCUGAAGGCUGCCUACACCGACAGUCUGAGAAUUGUUUGGGCAGUGUGCUGUGCAAUCUCUGGGGCAGCUCUGCUGGUCAGCCUGUUGACGGAAUCUUAUGAUCUGGACCAGACAUUGGAUACCAACCAAGGCCUUCGUGGGCCAGAUGAAGAACCUUCCGAGAAAGACCUGGAGGCAAAGGCCGAGCAUGAUAUUGAAGCGACCACGCCCAUGGCCUGGUAG